AUGACUACCCUUGAACCUCGCCAACCUUACACCGACGCGGAGCUGCGCCAGCUCUACCCUCCACAGCUCAAGCUCCAGCUUGUGCAGAUCCUCCUGCGCCACGGUGAACGAACUCCCGUCACUCCUCGUUUUCAGAACACCGGCCUCCCGCCGUACUGGCCCUAUUGUCGUGCCGUCCGCCACCUUCGAUCCGCCGUCCUUGACCCGGAUACCGGUGAAUACUCCUAUCUUGACUGGAAGCGUCGUCUGGAAACGUUCAGUUCGGACGAUGACAGCCCAAUCAUCGCUGCCGGCCCCAACGCCGAGCUUGACGAUAUCUGUGACAUGGGCAUGCUCACCGACCGCGGUCGGGAAACCACGCGCAACCUAGGACGCCGCUUCCGCCAUCUCUACGUCGAUCGCCUAAACUUCCUCCCCGCUGACCUCACCAAUGCCGAGUCCCUCUACCUCCGGUCCACCCCGGUUCCUCGAGCUCUAGAGUCCCUCCAACAGGCCCUGUCUGGCCUGUACCCGGCGACGCACCGAGCUCCCGAUCUUCCUCCUCUCACUCUCCUCACUCGAGCCCCUCAGGACGAGACCCUGUUUCCCAACGAUGGCAACUGCCGCCGCUUCGCCGCCCUCUCGCGCGCUUUUGCUCAGCGCACUGCCGAACGAUGGAACAACACUCCGGAGAUGGAGUACCUCAACAAGAAGCUCGGCAAGUGGAUGCCCAAUGAUGCUCGCAUCGCCGUAGACUCCAAGCCUCGGUUGAGCGGCAUCAUGGACACAAUCAAUGCCACCCGCGCACACGGUCCCCAGACGAAGCUGCCCUCCGAGUUCUACGAUCCCAAGGCCAUAGCUAUAAUCGAGAGAAUUGGCGUGGAGGAAUGGUAUAGCGGAUAUACCGAGAGCCAGGAGUAUCGUACCCUCGGCAUAGGAGGCCUGAUGGGUGAUGUCGUGGCUCGCAUGGUUGGUAGCGCGGAGCACAGCCCAGCGGACGGAGACUACGAAAUCAAGCAGCCAGAUGCUGCCCCCAGACCCAUCCGGUUUGGAAUGAGCGGAUGUCAUGACACGACACUGGCCGGUGUGCUUGCCAGCCUGGGAGCCUUCGGCCCAGACAAGUGGCCUCCCUUCACAAGCCACAUCGCCAUUGAGAUGUUCCGUGAUGCUCGGGUCCCCGCGGUCGAGACUUCGACCGAGCUACCGGUUGCGCCGACCCCCAAGAACGGUAGCUGGUUUAGCUCGUGGUUCUCCUUCGGUCGGGCCAGCGCUCCGUCGCCCGGCACUGCGCCGCCCGGCAUUGGCCGUAAGACAACUCCCGAGUUGACUGAUGCCGAGAAAAGCAAGCUGGACGGAUACUAUGUGAGGUUGCGGUACAAUGAUGAGCCCGUGAUGAUCCCUGGCUGCAAAGCCCCUGGCAACCAUCUUGAUAGUGACGAAUCUUUCUGCACUUUGGCCGCCUUCAAGUCCAUUGUCGACAAGUACACACCUGUCGACUGGAGAGAACAAUGCCGCGCGAACGCCAACAUUCCCGCUUUCCCGGCCAAGCCUGAGCCGGCAGGAUAUUGA